AUGGCCUCCACGGUGGCGCCGGUGACAACGCGGGGGCGUGCGGCGGCGGACAAAAGUGCCAGCCGGGCCUCUCGGCACAGCUUGCGCGACCCGCUCUCUCGGAUGCUUCUUCUGUCGAUCCACCUGCACAACCUCACGAUCGCCUUUGGCGCGCACUUUGGCCUGGAUCUCCAGGUUCGCAUUGGCCUCAACGUGGGUCCCGUGGUGGCCGGCGUCAUCGGCACGGACAAGUUCGCCUACGACGUUUGGGGUGACACGGUGAAUGUGGCCUCGCGCAUGGAGUCCACCUGCCGUUUUGGCCGGAUCCACGUCACCCGCCAAGUGGUUGAACAGGCAUCGCCCCUCUUCACCUUCGAACGGCGCGGCAUCAUUGUCAUCAAAGGCAAGGGCCCGAUGACCACCUACUUCCUGCGGUCGGUCCAGGGGAGCCAUGCGGCCGUCCCGAUCACGGCCAACAUCAACCGGUGGCGGCAUGACCCCAAUCGGCGAGAUCCCCAUGUGCCGCCGCCCCCGCGGCCGGUGUACACCCCGGAUGGCAGCCAGCAGGGCGCCCGGAUUGCUCCGAGCACCCCCUGGCCAAGUGAACCCGGCCAGGAUCCCGAGCCGGGCACCGAAAGGCAAACGAACACAGGUACGCGCAUGGCUGAGGCGGCCGUCUCGUCAUCCACGCCACCAGGCCGGCGGCCCAGUGACUCCCAGCGCGAGCCGGACAGCCGUCUGGUCAGUGCGCUCUUUCUGGAGGCCGGGCCCAACUGGGGCGAGCGCCUCGGUCAGCGGGCCUUUGCUCAUGAGGGCAGCCGCCCCUGCGUCGCUCUUGCCUGGUGUGAUUCCCGCAGAGAGGCGGCCUCCGGCCCGGGGCCCACACUCUAG